CUUGUCCGAGGGACGCGGGGCUGCGAUCGGCUCCCACCCGCGUGCUGCCGCUCCACGCGCCCUCCUUCUCCGCAUUUCACCUCGACCGGCUCCGUUCUGUGGACCCGCGUCCCUCUCUCUCCGUCCUCCACGCGAACCGGGACACCGGCGCUCCGGACCCGCGCAGAUCGCCUCGUGACGCGCGCCGCAGGGGGUUUAAAGGGAACCGAGCGCUAGUUGCGCGUUCGCGCGUCUCGCAAGUGGAUUAUUCGUACGUCGGGGGACGGUGAUCGGCGCCGCGCUCGUUCUGCGGGGGAACCGAAAACUGGAGAGGAGGAAGGGGGGGGGGGAGUCCGGAACGCCACCCGGGGAAGGGGGUGGGGGGGGCUGAGAUGACCCUGAUAUUUUGAGCCCUGCUCUGUUUUAUGUUUUUAUUUUUCCGCUUUGGUUUUUUGAUAGGGGAGAGUUGGAGGGUGUGGGGGAACGCGGGCGCGCACACCCGCGAGCAUCACUCCUGAAGAGCAGGACCGGCUGAAGUGCGUGCGUGUGCGCGCGCGCGCGCGUGUAUGUGUGUGUGAGCGGGGAAAACGGGAGAUCUGAUAAGAUUAAGAGGAUACAUACACAAACCAGAAGACCAGCAGAAUAAUAACGGGAAUACACACGCGCGGGUGUGUGUGUGUGUGUGUGUGUGUGUGUGGAUGUGAGGGUCCGGCCAUGGAGCGGCUGAAGAGACUGGACCUAGUGGGACUUGUUCUGGUCCUGCAGGCUCUGGGAGUGUGUGUGUUCCAAGUGGCCCGGGGAGACUCGACACCAGCAAGUGGGGUCCCAUACACGUAUCUUCAUGAGCCUGCCCAGGUGGAGGAUUCACCCUUGGUGGAUGUGCAACUGUACAGCCAUCGGUGGAGAAGGGGUGUGCCCUCUCUCAAGUCCAUGGACAGCAACCGGGCCAACCAGGACCAAGAUGAAGGCCAGGAUGAGGAUCAAGAGCAGGGCCAGGAUGGCACAGGUUCAGAACGGCUCCCUGGCCUGCUGUCAGAGGAGGACAGCGACAACAGCUCUCAGAUUGAGGAGGACACAGAUCACAACUACUAUACGUCAAAGACAUAUGGACCUACUGACCCUUUGAGCAGAGAGCUAUGGGUGAACAUUGACCAAAUGGACAAGGAGAAGGUGAAGAUCCAUGGGAUCCUGUCUAACACCCACAGACAGGCUGCGAGGGUGAACCUGUCCUUCGACUUCCCUUUUUACGGGCAUUUCCUGCGAGAGGUAACCGUGGCCACGGGAGGGUUCAUCUACACUGGCGAUGUGGUCCAUCGGAUGCUGACUGCCACCCAGUACAUCGCCCCGCUCAUGGCCAAUUUCGACCCCAGCGUCUCCCGCAACUCCACAGUCAUCUACUUUGACAACGGUACAGCGCUGGUCGUCCAAUGGGACCACGUCCACCUCCAGGACAACUAUAACCUGGGUAGCUUCACGUUCCAGGCUACACUGCAUAGGGACGGGAGAAUCAUUUUUGCAUACAAAGAGAUUCCGGUGCUGGUGACGGGAAUCAGCUCCGUCAAUCAUCCUGUCAAAGUGGGCCUCUCUGACGCCUUUGUGGUGGUGCACAAGAUCCAGCAAAUACCCAAUGUUCGGAGGAGGACGAUCUACGAGUACCACCGUGUGGAGCUCCUGAAGAACAAGAUCACCAACUGGACUGCCGUGGAGAUGACACCCCUGCCCACCUGCCUCCAGUUCACCAGCUGCGGCCCCUGUGUCACGUCUCAGAUUGGCUUCAACUGCAGCUGGUGCCACAAGCUCCAGAGGUGUUCCAGCGGUUUCGACCGUCACAGACAGGACUGGGUGGACAGCAGCUGCCCCGAUGAGACUAAGGACAAGAUCUGUGACCUCGUACCCAGCACCACGCGGCAGCAGCCCUUCACGGCGGCACCCAUCCCCAGAACGACACCCAGGGCCUGGGUCACCACCACGGCCAGGUCGGACAUGUGGGCCUCGCACCUUCCCACCAGCAUGCCAACGGAAGAUGACACCAAAAUAGCGCUGCACCUGAAGGACAAUGGAGCUUCGGCAGCCGAGAGCACGGCGGCGGAGAAGAAGGAGGCCAGUCUCCACACCGGUUUGAUCAUUGGCGUCCUCAUGGUUAUGGUCAUCAUGGCCGCCGUCGUCCUGGUCACGGUCUACAUGUACCACCACCCCAUGUCAGCCGCCAGCCUCUUCUUCAUUGAGAGACGACCCAGCAGGUGGCCGGCCAUGAAGUUCCGCCGGGGGUCGGGCCACCCCGCCUACGCCGAGGUGGAGCCCAUGGGCCAGGAGAAGGAGGGCUUCAUUGUGUCAGAGCAGUGCUGAGGAUCCCGCCGUCUGCAGCUCUCCGUCUCCCUCCCUCCGUCCCAGUGUGUCCCCCAGCGACAGCGCCCCCUGCUGACUGUCUUCCGGCUUCGGAAAAUAAUCGGGCAACUUUGUCCUCUCUCUUCCUUGUUUUUUCCCCCCCAUUUUUGUCGUCAGUUCGCAAGAAAAACACUGAUCUGCUCACGAACAAAAUGCAGCAGUGGAAAGAGUCACAGACGCACCUUUAAGCCGAGGCGCUCGAGUCCCCCCGCGUCCUAGCCCUCCGGACGACGCGGGUAGCGCCCGCAGGAAGUCUACGGGGUGGCGCUCUUUUUCAAUCCUCGCGGAGCGUAUGCUGUGCUUUAGGCCCGAAGAGGAGCUGCGUUGCGCCGCCAACCUGCCGCUCAGCCAAUGAAUCUGUCGCGUUACGAGCAGAGCGCCCCCUGGAGGCCGCCGCACGGGGGGGGCCUGGCGUACAUUUUAACCGGUGUUUUUCCUGCAGCUUUGCUGGUGUGAGGCUUCAAGGGAUUAGGGAAAUUAUAUAUAUACAUAUAUAUUUUUCAAAACAAAAUCACAGUUUAUGUGUGCAAAAAUAUGUCAAGUAUAAAUUUCAGUAUGGUGUUAGGCUUUCAUUUAUCGUGUAAUGGGAUUAUAAUUUGAUUUUUUUGACGGGGGUUCAGUUAUUUAGCAUUUUCUGCUCUCCUUGACAAGGCUCAUCCCUCCCAGUGUGAACCUUUAGGCCGCGGAGGCUCCCUACAGGACCGUGUACGACCGCGUCACCCGCCCCCCACCUUUAAUUCUACUACGAGUACAAGCGUUGUUCGCGAGAAGGCUUGAGGCCCGGCCGACCAUCAUCGCCCGCCUGGUCCUUUUCCCACUUUGUCUCGACGUCAAAGAGGUUCUUCCAACAGCAUCACCCGUCAUCCUUUCCUUAGUUUUACCACAUUGUCUACUCUUUUUGCACUUAGGCUUUUCAAUGCACAUUUUACCUACUCUGAGUUUUGAGCCGCAUUUUUUUUUUAAACAAGAUAUGCGUUUUUGCGGCGAUCCGGAGCUGCGUGGGUGCGGGUACGCGGGACGACGUGCCGCUCUGACAGUUUUGAAUUUUUGUUUGCUUCGGGAUGAUUUUACACGCCACAUGUGACAGGCUGCGCAUGUGCGCUGGGUCUCGAGGGGGUUUGGGCGAAUAUUUUCCCAGUAACGGGCUGCAUACGUGGAGUAAUGUGACAAAAGGCUCAGAUCCCACAAUGCACCGGGGUGCAGCGCAGUGAAAGGGGGGUGGCGAGGCGUUAUCCCGUCACAAACCCCGGGCAACAUUUGCAGAUUGAGGCUGUGACACAAGAGCUUUGUGUUCUUUUACCGUAAUGCUAUUUACCCCCGUUUUACUUUGGAGUGGAUUUUGUUUUUGCUUCGCUCGUCAGUAAUUACCAGCUGUUAUGAAUCAGUGAAAAAGAAUCACGGUAGAAGGAUCUUCCAGUGUAAAUUGACAUGUAUGUCCAUUUAGUCUCCAGAUAUUCUGAGGAAAACACACAAAUAUACAGUAUAUGUCCCAUAUAUGACCAUAUUACAUGUAGGAUCAUCAGCAGAGACAGAAAGGUGUGAUUUGCAUUUGACUGUCAAGAAGAGACGAGGAGUGUAAUUACAUGCUGGGACAAUAUUCUGCACCUUUUGCACUUUUACAUUUUGUACAUGUUGUUAAGAUUUAAUGAACUAGUUCAGCUUCAGUACCAGUUCAGUACUCAAAAAGGGUUCCACAGGAGAAGCCCUCCAGGGGUUCAUACCAGUAACUCUGAGGUCCAAGUCCUCUGACAAGACACAGGUUGUUUCUUCCCAGCCUCUGAAGGAGAAAGUAGUGCUUCUCUUUUCUUUAAUCAAAUAAUACAUACACACACACACAUUGACUAAAAUCGCUUGUCCCGAGCGGGGUCGCGGCGAGCUGAAGCUUAGUCCAGCAACACGGGA